AUGGCCUCAGUUACAGCGUUGGUGAAUGAAAGGUCGGUGGUUAUAUUCAGCAAAACCUCGUGUUGCAUGUGCCAUACAAUUCAGACAUUGAUAAGAAGUUUUGGAGCAAAUCCAAUUGUUUACGAGCUAGAUGAGCAUCCAAGGGGACAACAAAUAGAGAAGGAGCUCAAGGGAUUAGGGUGUAAGCCAAGUAUACCAGCCGUUUUCAUUGGGCAGCAGCUGAUUGGGGGUGCCAAUGAGAUAAUGACCCUUCAUCUCAAGGGUCAGCUAGUGCCAUUGCUCCUUAGCUCUAACGCUAUAUGGGUUUAG